AUGUUGGGCCUCUCUCUCACUUCUUUCACUCCUUGCGGUGGUUCCGCGCGGGCGGCGGCGGCUGUGUGUGUGCGUGUUUGUGUUGCUGUCGGUUUUGGCAGCUGCAGAGCCCUCAAGGCGCACAGCGACAGCAAGGAGCGUUUGGCCUCUCCAUUCCUUCGGCGCGCUUGCGUAUGCGGGCAAGAGGCGGAAGAAGUGAAGGGGCCAAAAGGGAAACAGGCGACGAUGCAAACAAGGCGCACUCGGGACGCGCAACUGUCCCGCAGCAUGAGACUCACGCUCUCCAUAUUGGAGCUAUAG